AUGCUUGGCAAUUAUUCGUCCUGGGCUACCCUCACAUCGAUCAUGUUUGAUGAUUCAUGUCACGGACUUACCGGUGACGAGUGGAAACAUCUCCGUCCAAACUUCGUUCCUAUGGACAUGAUUUUGACUGGUGAUAUGCCUCGGAAAUCGCCUCGGGCAAUUUCUGCCUACCCAAAGCAAAUUGACGGCAUGUUGGGCAUGUACGAGCCUAUCCUCACUGUCGUUGUAGAAGCCGCCACUUUGCUGGGCGUCUCUACCUCGCCUCUUAAGUCGGUGGCGACGGUGGCGCGGGAUAAAUGUCAAGCUGAAGACGCGCGAGGUCCUCUACUUCCUGAGUUGGUUGUCACAAUCGUUUUCUCGAGCAUGUCUGCUAAGCCAACUCCCUAA